GCCGGGGCUACUAUAUUCUGGCCUGGCCAUGGCAGCAGCACCCCUGAAAGUGUGCAUCCUGGGUUCGGGGAACUGGGGUUCAGCUGUUGCAAAAAUAAUUGGUAAUAAUGUCAAAAAACUUCAGAAGUUUGCCUCCACAGUCAAGAUGUGGGUCUUUGAAGAAACAGUUAAUGGGAGAAAACUGACAGACAUCAUAAACAAUGACCAUGAAAAUGUAAAAUAUCUCCCUGGACACAAGCUGCCAGAAAAUGUGGUUGCAGUUUCAAAUCUCAACGAGACCGUGCAGGAUGCAGACCUGUUAGUGUUUGUCAUUCCUCACCAGUUCAUUCACAGAAUCUGUGAUGAGAUCACCGGAAGGGUGCCCAAGAAAGCGCUGGGAAUCACUCUCAUCAAGGGGAUAGACGAGGGUCCUGAGGGGCUGAAACUCAUUUCUGACAUCAUUCGAGAGAAGGUGGGCAUUGACAUCAGUGUGCUCAUGGGAGCCAACACUGCCAACGAGGUGGCUGCAGAGAAGUUCUGUGAGACCACCAUUGGCAGCAAAGAAAUGAAGAAUGGCCUUCUCUUCAAAGAACUUCUACAGACUCCAAAUUUUCGGAUUACAGUGGUUGAUGAUGCAGGUACUGUUGAACUCUGUGGUGCUCUUAAGAACAUUGUAGCCGUGGGAGCCGGGUUCUGCGAUGGCCUGCACUGCGGAGACAACACCAAAGCUGCAGUCAUUCGCCUGGGACUCAUGGAGAUGAUUUCAUUUGCCAGGAUCUUCUGCAAGGGCCAGGUGUCCACAGCCACCUUCCUAGAGAGCUGUGGGGUGGGUGACCUGAUUACCACCUGCUACGGAGGCCGGAACCGCAAGGUGGCUGAGGCGUUUGCCAGGACUGGAAAGACCAUUGAAGAAUUGGAGAAAGAGAUGCUGGAUGGGCAGAAACUCCAGGGACCUCAGACUUCUGCUGAAGUGUAUCACAUCCUCAAGAAGAAGGGACUAACUGACAAGUUUCCAUUGUUUACUGCAGUAUAUCAGAUUUGCUAUGAAGGGAAACCUGUUCAAGAUAUGUUGUCUUGUCUCCAGUGCCAUCCAGUGCACAUAUAAAGUGAAUCAUGCAAUGUGCUGGGUAAAGCUCUGCCUUUCCAAUCAGUCUUUUGGGCUCAGAUGGAAACUAAAACUUGGCAAGAAGAUGUUUGCUUGACUGUAAUCCCACCAUAGAUGUGUAUGAAUUUUUACAGGUUCAUUUUUGAAUUGUGAAAGGCAGUUCAUUGGCUAAGAUGUACUGUGCAGCAACUAAAUACACAUAUGUAAACGUGUGAGGGUGUGCUCAUGUCUCAUUCUGCAGUGUUUCUAUGAAU